AACUAACCGGUUUCGUCUGACGCAGGGUCGACACCAAUAGAGACCUACACAGACAUUGUCACACAGAUUGUCCUGAUUCAGAUUUCUUGGACCAAGUCGUACAGUGUGACACAUAUUUCCUCAGAGUACUGCAGUAUGGCUUUACUACAACUGACAGCGGUUUUCCUGAUGGCUGUGACGUUUUGUGAAGGAGACGUGCCUCAGCUGGGAGAGGCACCAGCGGGCCCCGCAUUUAGGCAAAAGGAAAACAAUCUCCUGCAAUUACUUCUGGCGGAAAAGGAUUUGAACUGGAAUGGAAACAAAGUAAACGGAGUGCGUAGAGUCAUCGACGACAUCAGAAAGGGGAAGGACCCAGGGGAUGAAGACUCCGCUACUAAAAUGGAACUGGCACUGGCAUACCGGGAUCUUCUGAAAGAAAAUCCAUUCCGAGAGGAACAAAUAAAGGAAGAAUUCCGUAGAAACCUCGGACCAAACCUUGCUCAACAACUCUUUGAUGUGAGCGAAAAAAUCAUGGAGGCUGAGUUAAAAGCGAAGGCACAAGUUCAAAGUGAUUUCCAGAUGAACUACCAUGAGAAGAAUGCUCUCAAAAAGCUGGAGAAGGAUGUUGUGAACGGAAAGGAUCCACUCGACGAAAGCGCUAAGAUCAUGAGGAGGAUCAACAAGGACGGCGCCAAGCUGUUCCGUCUGACGCCUGAAGAACAGGACACGGAGAAAGCACUACUGACGGCAACCUACGGAGAAGAAACUGCACAGCAGAUCUGGGACGCCAUCACGGUUAUACGCAAGGAAGUCCAGGAAAAAGCCCACGCUGAAGCAGACGCUGAAAAGGCCAUGGAAGAAUACAUCGGGACUACCCAGGGCUGAACAAGAUUGUUAACAAAUAUUUUUUAUAGCUAUUUAAAUUCGAAUUUCGUAUUCAAGUCCUUUUAACAAGGCUUGCGGAUGUUUUUAAAACAAGGCUUGACCAUAGAUGCGGAAACCCUCUGCUUGCGAAAGAUAUACUACUAUGAUCGUAUACUUCUAUGUACGAGAUAUGACACGUAGAUGUGUGAUUUGGUAAAGCGCUGAGCUAGCUUGCAACUCUAGUUCUGGACAUGCUACGGCCGUGAUUUGUGAGUGGUAGAUAGCUCUUAGGGCAGAGAUUAGUGAUGUAUAUUUGGGCGGAUUCUUUGGAACUGCAGAAGCCGGUUUAGUGUCAGACUUUGGAACUGCAGAAGCCGGUUUAGUGUCAGACUUUGGAACUGCAGAAGCCGGUUUAGUGUCAGACUUUGGAACUGCUGGAGCCGGUUUAG